AUGGAUGAUGACGAGGAAGGGAGCAUGUCGUCUGCUAUACCUAGCGAGGUUGAUCCAUUAGAAUUUGUUUACACAAACAUCCCCGACACCACUCACAUCCUGAAGCUCGACGCAAACUGCAAACACUGCAAGGCCAAAAAGUUUAUCUCUGAGACCGACGAGUUCUGCUGUCGCAAUGGCCAGAUCGAACUUAAACAACCGGAGCCAAUCCCAGAGCUGAUGAGGCUAUGGUCAAGCAUGGAUGCAGAUUCUAGACAUUUUCGGGAGAACAUACGGUUCUUUAACGGGCAUUUCGCCUUCACAACCCUUGGCGUCAGCCUUGAUGAGAACUACACAAACAUGAAGUCUGGGGUGUACACAUUCCGUGCGCACGGCUCCAUCUACCACAAUGUGCAUUCGUUCGGGCCUAGCUCCCGUCCAGAACAUCUGCAGUUGUACUUCUAUGAUGACGACCCAACCAUAACUCAUCGUAAGGUGGCCACCAAGCAAUUAGACCAGGAUGUCGUGAAGAAGUUAGUAGACAUACUCAAAGAAAACCCGUACUCCCAGCAAUUUAGGAGUUUCGGUGCACACAAGGACAACCUCGAUGAUUAUAGGAUAGACCUAAACACCGAUAAGAGGCUUGACCAAAGAAGAUAUAAUAGACCGUUGUCAUCUGAGGUCGCUGCAAUUUGGGUUGAGGGCAACGACCUAGCAAAAAGGUUUGACUGGAGGAUAACACUUUGUGAGGGCAAUAGCAGGUUGUGCGUCUCUGUCAGAGACUACUACUGUUACAUGCUGCAGACACAGCCUAGAAUCUUCAAUCCCAUACUCUGUGGAGCACGCCUCUUGCAGCAAUGGGCGGUCGACAUGUACGUCAAGAUUGAAAGUUGUUGGUUGAGGUGGUACAGGAAAAACCAGACGCAAAUUCGUGCCGACUUGUAUAAAGGAGUUGUUGAUGCAAUCACCUUCAAUCCCAUACUCUGUGGAGCACGCCUCUUGCAGCAAUGGGCGGUCGACAUGUACGUCAAGAUUGAAAGUUGUCGGUUGAGGUGGUACAGGAAAAACCAGACGCAGAUUCGUGCCGACUUGUAUAAAGGAGUUGUUGAUGCAAUCACAUCGGGGGAGACGCGAGCAAGCGCUGUUGGGGUAAGAAUAGUGCUCCCUGGAACAUACCCUGGUGGCGACCGCGACAUGAAGAAGAGGCAUAUGGAUGCCAUGGCAAUUGUCCAUACAUACGGGAAGCCUGACAUCUUCUUGACCAUGACUUGCAAUCCUACAUGGGAAGAGAUAACGAAUGAGUUGCUGCCUGGUCAGACGGCGCAAGACCGACCUGAUAUUGUGGCUCGCGUGUUCUAUGGCAAGCUAGAGGCUAUGAAGGACAUGUUGUUCAAGAAGCAUAUCCUGGGUGUUGUUGUCGCAUAUGGGAAGGACUCGUACCCAAUUUAUCAGCGUAGAGACGAUGGAAGGCGUGCUAAGGUCCGAGGGAAGAUGUUGGACAACAGAUGGGUUGUGCCUUAUAACCCAUACCUGCUGCGGAUGUUCAAUUGCCACAUCAACGUUGAGGUCUGCUCCAGCAUAAAGGCCGUCAAAUAUCUUUACAAGUACAUUUACAAGGGCCAUGAUAAGGCUUCUUUCAGCAUCGACCAUCCCGACGCCGAUG